GCAUAGCAACCCGGACUCAAAGCGAGGCUCUGACAGAGGCCUGGUUUUUGUUUCGUUGAAAGUACGCCUCGUAGUUUAGUCGUGUUUGUUCGUGUUUGGGGCUUUUCGUUUCGAUUUCUUCGCGGUUUAAGAAAUGGGAACGUCUCACGAAGCGGACCGAACUCUGUUUGUUGGAAACCUGGACUCUAAUGUGACAGAGGAGCUGCUUUUUGAGCUGUUCUUACAGGCAGGUCCUCUGACUAAUGUGAAAAUUCCUAAGGAGAAAGAUGGCAAACCCAAAAUGUUUGCUUUUGUGAACUUCAAGCAUGAAGCUUCAGUGCCUUACGCAAUGGAACUUCUCAAUGGAACGCGGCUUUUUGGGAGACCCAUAAAAAUUCAGUUCAGAUCAGGAAGUUCCCAUGGAAAUCAGGACUCAAACAGCCCAGGACAUUCACAGAACAGUAGCCCAUCAAAUACUCCUGUCCCACAGGGUGGCAGGUUUGACCGAGGCAUGGACGUGGGUUAUCAAAACUACACGCCGUCACAGCCGCUCCAGCAUUCUUUCUCAUCGCCGGACAGCCUGCAGAGACAAGCUAUGAUGUACAGCAUGUGGCAGCAGGGAAAUGGAGCUGUGUCUCCUCUAAUACAGCCUGGGUACCAAGCAUCUGGGCAGCUGCACAGGCAGGGUGGUUCUGGGGGAAGCUGGCAGGACCUUUCUCCCCAGCGUGUGCACAGGCAGCACUCCCAUCACUACCAGCAGGAUAACGAGCAGUGCAGCCGUGGGUCUGGGUCCGACAGGCACGCCAGGGGUCAGCACGACAACUGGAAGAACAACAACAACAACCGAACCCACGGCCGGGACAACAGGCGGGAAGAUUCCAGAGAUGGCAGGUGGCGCCAAAACAGAUACUGAGUUACUGAUAAGAAAUACUCUGAUUUUGUUUUAUUGGCAGUACUGAUUCAAUUUUAUGCCUACCUUUUUUAUAGCUUUCUAAAAUUU